AUGUUUCUCCAGCGAGGAUCAAGAGUGCUGCGGCGGCAGUGGGGGGCUUCCAAGGCCAUGGGCAAGAUGGCCAUGGGAAGGGGAAACACAGCGCCUGCGGCUGCUUCCCCGCGGUGGUUCUCAGAGUCGAGGAGGCUGUAUGCCGUGAAGCCGGUGCUGCUGGCUGAUAUCGGCGAAGGCAUUGUCGAGUGUGAAGUUAUCCAGUGGUUCGUCGAGCCCGGCGCGCACGUCGAGGAAUUCUCCCCCCUCUGCGAGGUCCAGAGCGACAAGGCGUCUGUGGAAAUCACAAGCCGCUUCUCCGGCGUCGUUAAGAAGCUAUACUACGAGACGGGCGAGAUGGCCAAGGUGGGCAAGCCGUUUGUCGACAUCGACAUUGAGGGAGGCGCCGAGGACGCCGGAGCUCCGCAGGCGGUUGAGGCGAGCAAGGACGUUUCAGCACCAGCUGUCGAGUCGUCAAGGCCAGAGCUGACUGUAGCUGAUAUGCCGGCACCAAGUGCCAGCCAGGAGCCCAAGCAGAAGGGCAAGGCGGCAGGACUGGCGACGCCUGCGGUCCGGCAUCUGUCCAAGGAGCUGAAGAUUGACAUUCUGGAUAUCGACGGCACAGGCAAGGACGGCAGGGUCUUGAAGGAGGACAUCUACAAGUUUGUACAGCAGAGGGACGCCAGCGCCAGCGCGCCGGCUUCUUCACAAUCUGCAUCCGCACUGCCGCAACAGCCGGCAUCAUCACAUCAGCCAUUUGGCCUGGCGCCGCUGCCAAACGGCCAGCCUACCGUGCAGACAGAAACAAGAGUCCAGCUCACAAACACCCAGCAGAUGAUGUUCAAGACCAUGACGCGGUCACUAAACAUCCCCCACUUCCUCUACUCCGACGAGGUCGACUUCACAGACCUCGUCAAUCUCCGCUCCCGCCUCAACAAGGUCCUCUCCCAGACCCCCACGGCCCCCGGCCAGGCCAACAAGCUCUCCUACCUCCCCUUCAUCAUCAAGGCCGUGUCCAUGGCCCUCUACCAGUUCCCCAUCCUCAACUCGCGCGUCGAGAUCGAUGCCGCCACCAACAAGCCCUCCGUCAUCAUGCGCUCCCAGCACAACAUCGGCGUGGCCAUGGACACCCCCCAGGGCCUGCUCGUCCCCGUCAUCAAGGACGUCGGCUCGCAAAACAUCCUCUCCAUCGCCACGGAGCUCGUACGCCUACAGAACCUCGCCGUCCAGGGCAAGCUCACGCCAAACGACUUCUCCGGCGGCACCAUCACCGUGUCCAACAUUGGCAACAUUGGUGGCACGUACCUCAGCCCCGUCAUUGUCGAGCGCGAAGUGGCCAUUCUAGGCAUCGGCCGCAUGCGCGCUGUGCCGGCCUUUGACGAGAACGACAACGUGGUCAAGAAACACAUCACCAACUUUUCGUGGAGCGCCGAUCACCGCGUGGUGGACGGGGCGACCAUGGCUCGCGCCGCAGAGGUGAUUCGCCGCAUUGUCGAAGAGCCAGACGUCAUGGUCAUGCAUCUUAGGUAA